AUGAUAUUUCAGGCCUCAAGGUUCAGCGCCUCGGGACGUAAAGUGCCCCUCGAGCCCCGCCGAAGCGAAGCAUGCCGCUCACACGCGAACCCCACAGACGCCGCAGUGGAGUGGUGCAGCAACACAAAGUGUCCUUCCCACUCACAGUGCACACACACACACACAAUGACAGUCUCACAUGCUCAUAUCAGAGAGGCACUACGGCAUUCACUAAAAUGUACACGGAGUCACACACCCACAGAGGAAAAGAAAACAGGAAAAGAACAACAACAACAGGAUACCAACAGCACACAAAGCACUCACAGGUCCACCAAUCAGAGGUGCCACUCUCAUCAGAGAAGCAAUCACCCACACCCGCACAUCAACACACCCGAAAAAGAAAAAACAGAUCCAUUAUGUGAAGCCGAAGCGGACCAGUCUCAGUCCCUCCCCGCAGGCUGCAGUCACUCAAACAAGCCACACACCACAAGGGCAGAGAUAUCUUCGUGGCAAUGCCGUGAGAGACACCACCAAGAAAGAAGGUGA